AUGAGCGCACCCGCGUCCUCCCAGCCUUUUGGCCCUGUCCCCCCUCCCCCUCCCCCUCCAGAUGAGAGGGUCAAGUCUCGUCUCCCCCGUAGGAGUGGCCGGCAACCACUUGGCACCGACGAUGGAGCAGCCGCAGCUGUUACCCCGCAGGUACCCAUCGAGUUGAUCCAUCAAGCACUCAGUGUCAUCUGCCUGUGGCAUCCUGCACAGCCAGCUCAAGGGCUGGCCUGGACAGAGAAUGCCUAUCUCGCCCUUACCGGCAUCGCCGCGUCCCAGCUUGAGCUCCACCAUACUGGGGACACUGAAAAGGCUAACGAGACUCUAACCGAAUUUCUUACUAACCUCGACAUGGACUGCGACACUGACAAUUAUGAAACGUGGCGGCAUGUUGUUACAGGCCUAUGGAGGUCUGAAAACGUGGCGGCCCGUAACGGUCACUCUAGCCACUCGGUCCAACUUCUCCUUAACUCGACACCUCUGAAUACCCCCCCGAGGGACUGUAUGGGCGCCGUGUGCGCCUUGGGCCUGUUACAGAGCGUGCUGCCUCUCACCCCCGAGACAAGGAGGGAACAUCCUCUCAACCCACUCUUCCUACUGAAGUACAAGUAUCCCGAAGUCACCUUUGAAGAGAUCGAGCAGGCGUUCGACACGGAGAUUGACGAGCAGGCCUUCUUUGCGUGGGCACAGCGCGUGAAUGCCAUCAUGGAGUGCAUGGGGCCCUUGACAACGCAGCCGGUCUUCGUCGACCCCGCUGGUGGCAUUGCCCACUCAGGUGUCACCUAUGCGGAAUAUCUCAAGGACUAUGCCAGUGCUAUCUGCAACUUGGGUGAGUCACAAUUCGAAUCAUUCAGUCUGAACGACGCCAUCCGCGACGUCGCGGAUAGAUUUACUGCAGCCAAGGUCGGCGACCCGCCUCCCGGCACCCCGGAGGACUGCCUUCCCCGCAGAACAAUAGAGGAGGAGGACCUGAUCCACAGCCUGCACUGCGAAAUCGUGAACUUGGUGUUUGGACGACUGAGCGACGCCAACCUGGCGGCGAAGAAUGCCAGGUUCAGAGCAAUUGUGCAGAUCGCGGGUCAGAAGGCUGGCACCAUCAUGUCCCCGAAGCAGCAUUUCUUCGUCCUUAUCCCCAUGGCCGGGGACAAGGGGUGCCAUGUGAAGAUUGGCGGCGAGGAAGUGCCAUGGAACCCUGGCACUGGCUAUCUCCUUGAUUCGGACGUGCCGAUCUGCACUGACAGUCUGAUCGGCUACAUCGCCAUCUUCGCCUACAAGUAUUGA